GGGGUUUUUGCCCGAGCUGAACUAUCCAACGGACACAGCUGAGAGGAGAAACCCUGCAGAUCUUUGCCAGAAUGAAAAUCACAGACAUCAAAAGAUCUCAAGGCUGUUACAGUUACAGACAAACGGGAUGUGGGUGAGCAACCUCGUAGCUCUUUGCCUGCUGGCAUUCGCGGUCUCUGCUGAGGACAAGAAGCUGAGCGGCCAUGCUUCCACAAUGGCCGACAACAGCGCCCACCUGGCCUUUAGCCUCUACCACAACAUGGCAAAGGCGAAAGAGACGGAGAACAUCCUGAUCUCGCCUGUGGUGCUUGCCUCCUCGCUGGGAAUGGUUGCGCUUGGCAGUAAAUCAUCCACCGCCUCGCAGGUCAAAACCCUGUUGCGUGCAGAUAAACUCAAGGACGAGCAUCUGCACGCGGGCCUAGCUGAGCUGCUCUCAGAGGUGAGCGACGCCAAGACGCGCAACACCACGUGGAAGAUUAACAACCGCCUGUAUGGGCCCAGCUCAGUGGCCUUCACCGACGACUUCGUGAAGACCAGUAAGAAGCACUACAACUACGACCAUUCCAAAAUAAACUUCCGUGACAAGAGGAGCGCCGUGAACUCCAUCAACGAGUGGGCGGCCAAGUCGACUGGCGGCAAGCUGCCCGAGAUCACCAAAGAGGUGGUGAACACCGAUGGGGCCAUGAUUGUCAACGCUAUGUUCUUCAAGCCUCACUGGGAUCAGAAGUUCCACGAAAAGAUGGUGGACAACCGUGGUUUCCUGGUGACUCGCUCUUUCACUCUUUCAGUUCCCAUGAUGCACCGCACAGGGCUGUACGACUUCUACGAAGACAAGCAGAACAGUCUCUAUAUUAUGGACAUGCCUCUGGGCCAGAAGCAGGCUUCCAUGAUCCUCAUCAUGCCUUACCAUCUGGAGCCCCUGGGGCGCCUGGAAAAACUGUUGACUAGGACACAGGUGGACGCUUGGCUCAGCAAGAUGGAGAACAGGGCCGUGGCCAUCUCAUUGCCCAAAAUGUCUUUGGAAGUCAGCCACAACCUGCAGAAACAUCUGGCUGAGCUCGGCCUGACGGAGGCGGUGGACAAGGCCAAGGCGGACCUGUCCAACAUCUCCGGAAAGAAGGACCUGUACCUCUCUGACUUCUUCCACGCAUCCGCCCUGGAGCUGAACACCGAAGGCAACCCGUUCGACAAAAGCAUCUUCGGCACUGACAAGCUGAGGGAUCCUCAGCUUUUCUAUGUGGACCACCCUUUCAUUUUCCUCGUGAAGGACAACAAGACGAAGUCCAUCCUGUACAUUGGCCGUGUGGUUCGACCCAAUGGAGACAAGAUGCGCGACGAGCUGUAAUGGUAAUGUCAGGAGUAGCUUUAUUUUGUGAAACUAUGUCAAGAAAACUGUUUUUUUCCCUUUCUAAUGUUACCUCAGGAACACAUUCCAUAAAGGCAGACUGUGGACUGUAUAUCUGAACUUUUGAGACACACUCCCUUGAUUUGAACAUUUUUCUCCAAAUAUGAGCCUCACUGAGAUUUUUCUUGCUUAUAUUAAGUGUGACUUCUCUCUUUCUCUCUCCCUCUCUCUCUCUCUCUCUCUCUCUCUCUCUCUCUCUCUCUCGCUCGCUCUCUCUAUGUCACAGACUGUUAAUAAUGCCAGCAUAGGUCAAGCAAUGAUCCAUUGGUGCUUUCCUGCAUUAUCUUUAAUGUUUAAAGAUCUUGUUUGGCAGUUCUUACUAAAAAAACAAACAAAAAAACAACCCUCCCAAAAAAACAGCACAACCUGUUUAUUGCUGUCCACAAAUACGCUGUUGGAAUUGUGUUAUUAUGAACAAAUGUCAUUUUUUUCAAUAAAAAUUUUUAAA